AUGCUUUAUUUGAACAAAUUGUGUUUAUUUUACUUGUUGUAUUUUAAUGAAUUUCUAAGUUUAGUUUUAGCAUUCACACCUACAAAUACAGUUUGGGGGCAUAAUACUGCUCUUGCUGAUUCUAAAAUAUACUUUACAGGUGGAGUGAUUCCAAAACAAACAAUUUGGAAGACUGUCAACGAUUUCUUUAAUACACCAAAUGAACUUGCCACACAAUCUAAAGAAUUCUAUUAUUUAGAUGUAUCAAAAAAUUUUAAAUUAAACGAGGGUGUAAUGCCUUGGACGGAUCUUAGUAUUGUAUCAGAAAUUCUUCCACCACAUUCCUGGAGUGCAUUUUCAUUUUGUGGACCUGAUACUUUAGUAAUGUUUGGUGGAGAUUUUGGUAAAGCAAAUCCCAUAAAUUUAGUUUUUAUUUAUAAUAUAAAAACGCAGAAAUGGAGCAAUCCAACAACUUUCAAUCAACCUAAUAAUGUACAUACUCGUGCUGCUUGCGACACGAAGGGUGGAGUAAUGUAUAUGUUUUCUUCAGUUAUGAAUAUUUUGGAUACAAAAACAUUAAAAUGGAAAGUUGGUAGUUCAAUUAAUAUCCCACCGGGAAGAUUUGAUUAUACUGCUACUUUAUUACCAAAUGGUAAUAUUGUUUAUAUAGGAGGCGUUUCAGGUGAAGUGGUAGAUUUGUUAAAGUUACCUUUGUAUAAUAUAAAUGAUGAUACAUGGUCUUCAAUGUGGGUUAAUGAAUUUAAUAUUAAUCCUGUUAGUACAGCACCAACUAAUCCCCGAGAUACUUCAAUUGAGACUACAAAUACUGAUACUGGGACAGAUCAUAAUAAUACAACAAAUGUUGGCCUAAUAAUAGCAACUUUAACUAAAUGGACAAAAUAUCUAAUGGAUAAUACAAAGGUUAUAUGUGGAUCAGUUGAACAUUUUGCUUAUGUGCGUACAAUACGCAAAAUACGUCUUAUGAACAAAGAAUAUCAAUCACAACCAUUACAUCGAGUCAUUUUAUUAAAUAAUAUCUUGGAAAAAUUAUCAAAUGAUUCAAUUCAAGAACGAGAACGCAAGGAAUUAAAUGUUUAUAAAGCAAAAAUUUUUGAAAUAAAUGUGAAAUGGAAUAAUAACAGUGGUAAUAGCAACAACAGUAAUUACUGUAAUAGUUUAAGAUCAAGAAAGUCAACUUUAGCACUUUGCGAUUUACCUUUACCGUCAUCUCGACCUUCUUAUCUAAAAAAUAAUUGUUUAACAAUCUAUGAUGAAUCUUCAGAUGAAUUUAUAGUAAAGGAUAUACCUUUAGCCCGUAGAAAGAACAGAUUAAGUAAGAUGAGCACGUCAAGUGAUUCGAGUAGUACAAAUACGCUAGUCCGUUCUUACUCCUCAUCCUCGACCAAAUCAACAGUUUCCGAUGUCGAUACAUUGAAUGAUGACGAUUGUCUAGAUUUUUUUGAUUGUCCAUUCACGAUGAAAUCAAUUGGUGUUCAACUCCUUACAUUGGUGAUAAGGAAGAACAUAUAA